UCCCUCUUUUUGGUCCAGCACAUCUCCAGCAUCAGCCAUGGCACCUAAGAAGGCAAAGAAGAGAGCGGAGGGAGCCAACUCUAAUGUCUUCUCCAUGUUCGAGCAGGCCCAGAUCCAGGAGUUCAAAGAGGCCUUCACCAUCAUGGACCAGAACAGAGACGGCUUCAUCGACAAGAACGACCUGAGGGACACCUUCGCCGCCCUCGGUCGCCUGAACGUGAAGCAAGAGGAGAUUGAUGAGAUGCUGAAGGAGGCUCCCGGACCAAUCAACUUUACCGUCUUUUUGACCAUGUUUGGCGAAAAGCUAAAAGGCGCAGACCCGGAGGAGACCAUCCUCAACGCCUUCAAAGUGUUCGACCCCGAGGGCAAGGGAGUCCUGAAGAAGGACUAUGUCACUGAGAUGCUGACGACCCAGGCGGACAGGUUUUCCAAAGAGGAGAUGGAGCAGAUGUUCACCGCCUUCCCCCCAGAUGUGGCUGGCAACCUGGACUACAAGAACCUGGUAUACAUCAUCACACAUGGCGAGGAGAAGGACCAGGAGUAACUCUCUGGUUGGUUGUUUGUAAUAGCGCCACGCCCCUUUUGUUAAAGCCCUUCCCUUUUCCCUCCAGACAGUGAUUGGAUAGUUUGUUGUCGUGAAGCACGUGAUGGGUGGAGUUACCAUCUGCUGUCCCUCAAUGAUCCAGCCAAAGAAAGACUUUGCCAGACUCUCCAUAUCAAGGAAUCAUUGAUAGCACAUCUUAGCUCCACCCAUACUAGGACUCAUAGUGCCAUGUUGUCUGCACUGUCAUUACCCUGUAAAAUUGUAAAUUACUGCCCCCUCAACCCCCACUCCCACCACCACUCCACCUCACCCUAUUCCCGAGCCUGGCCUUUUUGAAUCAGAUGCUGGUAGUCAAUCGAGUAUACCUGUGCCACAUACCAACACCUUUACAUGUUGUUUAAUUUAUAAAGCCUGUUUCAGUUUUUGUUUUAUGGGAGAUGAGUGCUUCUCUUCAUGUUUGGGAGUGCAAAAUAUACACUUUUACAAUAAAUCAGCUUUUCAGUC